CUUGAAAUCCCUCUUGCGCACUCACGCGGAGGCUUUUCUGCACGUCACAGGGAUGUGCUCAAGAGCUCCAAGGGAGAAACAGGCUCAGUUUUAAGAAAAAUAGAGGAAAAGGGGGAUUUCUAGACCACCCUUGGCCUCCCGCGGUGCCUUCCCCUCGGUGGCGCAGUGUUUGUGGUGCGGAGCCGCUCCACGUGAGCUCGGGGGACACGUUACAGACACACGACACCCCGCGGAGGAAAUCCCGCUGGUAAACAGGCCCGGCAAGUGCCCGGGAUGAGUUACGGCUGCAGAGGGACCCGAUGUCCCCACGGGGGGAGCGCCGGGUGCCGCUCUCCCUCCCAACACUUGGACAAGCGUUUGCUGCAUCUCAUCCUCCCCAGAGCACGUGUAGCUUAAAUCCAAUUUUAUCCCCCAUCCUUGAUGUCCCAGCGCCUACCAAAGGGGCAGGACCGUGUUGUUGGGUGCUGCUCCCCCUAAAUUUUGCUCUGACCCCCUGCCCCAAGCUGCGCCAGAGCCCUGAAAUGCAGCCAGCUUGACACGGGUGCUCAGUGACCCCCCCGUCAUCGGCUUAAAUGCCAGCGGGGUGACAGGGUUUUGCUGUCACCUGAUCCCCGCGGAGGCCGGAAUGUCCUCCCGGGUGUUGAUAUAAGGGGGGGACCAGGAAGCCGUAUCUGGGGUGAUGGCUGUGAGGAGAGGGGUGUAAGGCAGGAGCUGGGACGCGGUGCUGAGGUCCCCACGCCCCUGGGCCGCCAUGGUGGGUCUGAAGCCCCCCGAGGUGCCCCCGACAGCCGCCGUGAAGUUCUUCAGCGCGGGGACGGCCGCCUGCAUCGCCGACCUCUGCACCUUCCCCCUGGACACCGCCAAAGUGCGCCUGCAGAUCCAGGGCGAGGUGCGGAUCCCCCGCAGCACUGGCACGGUGGAGUAUCGGGGUGUUUUGGGGACGCUGAGCACCAUGGUGAGGACGGAGGGACCCCGCAGCCUGUACAGCGGGCUGGCGGCCGGGCUGCAGCGCCAGAUGAGCUUCGCCUCCAUCCGCAUCGGCCUCUAUGACUCGGUGAAGCAGCUCUACACCCCCAAGGGGGCUGAGAGUAAGUGGGGAGACGGCGGGGGGGCACCCCAUCCCUGUGUGCACUACAUCCCUGCACACACCUCAUCCUUGUGCACCCCAUCCCUGUGCACCCUGUCCCUGCGUGCACCCAUCCCUGCGUACCCCACAUCCUUGUGCACCGGAUCCCUGCGCACCCUGUCCCUUUGUGCACCCAUCCCUGCACACCCCAUCCUUGUGCACCCCAUCCUUAUGCACCAAAUCCCUGUACACCCCAUCCUUAUGCACCAAAUCCCUGUGCACCCCAUCCUUAUGCACCAAAUCCCUGUACACCCCAUCCCUGCACACCCCAUCCUUAUGCACCAAAUCCCUGUACACCCCAUCCCUGCACACCCCAUCCUUAUGCACCAAAUCCCUGUACACCCCAUCCCUGCACACCCCAUCCUUAUACACCAAAUCCCUGUACACCCCAUCCCUGCACACCCCAUCCUUAUACACCAAAUCCCUGUACACCCCAUCCCUGCACACCCCAUCCUUGUGCACCAAAUCCCUGUGCACUCCAUCCCUGCGCAUGCCUAUACCUGUGCACCCCUACACACCAAAUCCCUGUGCACCCCGUCCCUGCACACACCCCGUCCCUGUGUGCCCCAUCCCUCCGUACCCCACGUACCUGCGCACCAAAUCCCUGCACACCCCCUAUCCCUCUGCACCCCCCGUCCCCAUGCACCCCCCAUCCCUGUGCACCCAUCCCUGUGUAGCCCACAUCCCUGCACACCAAAUCCCUGCGCACCCCGUCCCUGUGCACACCCCUCCCUGCGUAGCCCUCAAUCCUGCAUAGCCCAAAUCCCUGCACUCCCCUAUCCCUGCACAACCCCUCCCUGCACAUAACCCAUCCCUACAUGCACCCCGUCCCUGCAUGCACCCAUCCCUGCGUACCCCAAAUCCUUCUGCACCAAAUCUCUGCGCACACCCCCUCCCUGCAGACCCCAUUCCUUUGUGCACCCAUCCCUGCACACCAAAUCCCUGUGCACCCCCAUCCCUGCGCACCCUGUCCCUGCGCACACCCCUCCCUGCGUAGCCCUCAAUCCUGCAUAGCCCAAAUCCCUGCACUCCCCUAUCCCUGCGCAACCCCUCCCUGCGCGUAACCCAUCCCUACGUGCACCCCGUCCCUGCAUGCACCCAUCCCUGCGUACCCCACAUCCCUGUGUACACCCCCAUCCCUGUGCACACCCCCAUCCCUGUGCACACUCUGUCCCCACUCAGGACCUGAAGGGCUCAGGGUGCCCACUGGGUCUCGGGUGUCCUCACAGACCCGAGUGUCUCCACAGGACUGGGGGUCCCCACAGGACCUGGGGGCCCCACAGAGCUGGGGGUCUCCACACGUCCAGGGGUCCCCACAGAGCUGGGGUUCCCUGCUGCGGUGUGGAGUCCCCAUAAGGCUUGGGGUCUCCACAGGCCUGGAGAUCCCUGCUGGGCAUGGGGGGUCCCCACACAACGAGGUCCCUGCAGGUCCAGAGGUCUCCUCAUGCCUGGGGGUCCCCUCAGGGCCAGGGGUCCCCACAGGGCUGGGGGUCCCUGAAGGGUUGGGGGUGUCCAUUGGGUCUCCAUACAGCUGGAGGUCCCCACAGGGCUGGGGUUCCCCACAGAGCUGAGGGUCCCCACCGAGCCGGGGGUUCCCUAUUGGGCUGGGGAUCCCCACCCAUCCAGGAGUCCCUGCAGGCCUGGGUGUCCCCACACAGCUGGGGGUCCCCGCAGGGCUGGGGUUACUCACACAGCCAGGGGUCCCCAUAGGGCCGGGUGUCCCCACAGGGCUGGGGGGGUCCCCACAGGUGCUGGGGUCCCCGGCAGGGCGGGGGUCCCAGCGCCUGCUGU